AUGGCUUGGCGCUUCACGGCCUCGAAAUUCAAGAACACCACACCGAAAUUGCCGAAAAAAGAGGAUACGAUUUUCGACGUGCCGAUCGGCAAUCUGUCGUGCACCGACAACGGCAUUCAGGCGAGCGGCGAAUUUCUCGCGUUUCACAUCGAGGGCGAAGGCGGCAAAUUGGGCGUUUUGCCGGUCGGCGCGAAAGGACGACGAACUCGCAAUGACAUUUGGGUUGUCGCCGCGCACGGAGAACAAGUAUCGGAUUUCAAUUUUUUGACGUUUGCCGACAAUUUUUUGGCGACGUGCAGCCGCGAUGAGCCGGUGAAAAUUUGGAAGUUGUCACGCGACGCGUCGCCGCAUUUGGUCACCGAAAUUGACGCCGGACCCGGUGUGCACAUCGAGACGCUCAAAUCGCAUUCGACCGCCGACAACAUUCUCGCGAUCGGCUCCAUCGGCGGCGCGUUCAUCGUCGAUGUGUCGUCUCGAAAGACGUGCAUGGAGCUCGGCGGCGUCGUCGACAAAUGCCAAUCGCUCGACUGGAGCGACGACGGACGCCUACUGGCGGUGAGCGGCGACAAAGGCCGUCAGUUGCUCGUGUUUGAUCCGCGCGCGAGUCAGCACGCGAUUGCGCAAUUGGAAUCGCACGCCGGAAUGGGACGAGAAGCGCGUGUGUUGUUCGCCGGCAAUCGCCUCAUUUCGACCGGAUUCACUAAUAAACGCUGCCAAGAGGUUCGCCUAUUCGACACCUCGAAAUGGUCUUCGCCGAUUCACGUUCAAGAAUUCGUCUCGACGACCGGCGUCCUCAUUCCGCACUACGACGCCGACACGCGUUUGGUGUUUCUGUCCGGCAAAGGCACGAACAAGUUGUUCAUGAUGGAGCUGCAAGACCGCCAACCGUUCAUGUCGUCGGUGUUCGAGUUGACGCUGCCCGAGCAGACGUUGGGCGCCGCGCUCGGAUGUAAGCGUCGAAUCAGCGUGAUGGACGGCGAAGUGGACACGUACUAUCAGUUGACGAAAUCGACGAUUGUGCCGACGCCGUGCAUUGUGCCGCGACGAAGCUAUCGCGAUUUUCACGCCGAUUUGUUUCCGGACACGCGCGGCGCCGAGCCGGGAUGCAGCGCGCACGAAUGGCUCAAUGGCAACAACUCGUUGCCGCCCAAGAUGAGUUUGGCGCCGAAGACGUCAUCGCCGCCGCCGCCGCAAGAGCCGACGCCGCCGGCUCAGCAGGCGACGGCGCCGCCGAAGCCGAUGGCAGUGUCCGCCACAAAUGUGCCGUCAAAAAUGCCGAAUGUCGCGAAAAACCCACGCGAUGACGUGAAAGAGCUCGACUAUGGCAAAGAGAACGGCGCGCGAGCCUAUCAGACGGCUUCUGUGCCGCCGUCGUCGCUGAAUCUCGACGAGUCGAAAGCGCACACGCCGAAUCCGCCGACGAGCAGCACACAAGGGAACUCGUCGCCUCUGACGACGACCUCGCCGGAUCCGAUUACGAUUGUUGGCAGUGGGGUUGGCACGCGAUCGCAUUCGACAAGCGGCGCGAGCUGCUCGGUGUCGACACCGUCGCAUGUCGAGAAAUCGUCGUCGGCGGCAGCGGCGGCGGCGUCGACGUCGACGGCCGUCAAUUUUCGCAAAAUUGGAGCGUCUAACCGUUCGCAUUUGUCGCAACGCGUUCGACCGAAAUCGUGCGUCGUCGGUCAGAUCACGUCGAAAUUCCGCCACGUGGAAACGCUCGCCGGUCUCAAAGCGAACAACGGGUUGUUCUCGAAUUUGCGCAACGUCAACACGCGUCUGCCGCAAGAAUCGAACGGUUGCUGUUGUAGUGGAAAGUUCGUCGCCGUGCCGCUAGCGGGACCCGCCGGCGUCGUCGGCAUCUACGAUGUGAACGCGCCGGGCAAACUCGCCGACGGCGUGAUGGACGGGAUUUUCAACAAAACGCAAGUCACCGAUCUCCAAUGGAAUCCGUUUGACGAUGAGCAACUCGCGUGCGGCACCGAUUGCGGCCAAAUCAAUUUGUGGCGUCUGACGACGAACGACGGCCAUCGCAACGAGAUGCAGCCGGAGCGCAUCAUCAAAAUCGGCGGCGAGAAGAUUGUGUGCCUUCGCUGGCAUCCGCUCGCCGAGGGACUCGUCGCCGUCGCGCUCUCCAACAGCAAUAUUGAGCUGUGGGAUGUCGUCGAGGAGAAGCUGUACGCGAGAAUCGCGGCGCACGACGGUGGCAUUUUGGCGAUUUGCUGGUCGGCCGACGGACGCCGUCUCGCUUCGGUUGGCAAAGACGCGAUGGUCCGCGUUCACGAGCCGACGACGUCGUCGGAAUGUGUCGUCGAGCGCAAGGUGCUCGAAUCGACGCGCGCGGCUCGCGUUUUGUUCGCGUGCGACGAUCGCCUAUUGAUUGUCGUCGGAAUGACGAAGAGCUCGCAGCGGCAAGUGCAAAUGUACGACGCGACGAUGCCCGACUUUCGGCACAUCUACACGCAGAUCAUCGAUUCGGCGACGCAGCCGCUCGUGCCCCACUACGACUAUGAUUCGAACGUGUUGUUUUUGAGCGGCAAAGGCGAUCGAAUUGUGAACAUGUUCGAGGUGAUCUAUGAUUCGCCGUAUUUGCUGCCGCUGACGCCGUACAUGUCGCCGGUUGGCGGUCAGGCGAUUGCGUUUCAUAAUAAGAAGAGUGCGAACGUGAUGGCUGUUGAGUUUCAAGUGGCGUGGCGUCUCAGCGAGAAGAAUCUCGAACGAUUGAUUUUCCGUGUGCCGAGAAUCAAGAAGGACGUGUUCCAGGAUGAUUUGUUUCCCGACGCGUUGGUCACGUGGCAGCCGGUGACGACGGCGGCGCGAUGGAUGGCCGGCGAAGAGGCGAAUCCGAUGUUUAGGAGUUUGAAGCCGGAAGGUGUCUUCUCGUCGAUUCCUCGUCCAAUCGGCGCGAGUUCGACAUCGCGUUUCUCGGAAGCGGUGAAAUCGACGACGUCGACGACGACAGCAUCGACGACGACGACGCCGAGAACACUUCAGAGUUGCGCGGCGGAGAGCGCGACGCCGGAUCGUCAGCAGGUGGCCGCUUCGUGGUCGUCGAAAAUCAACGUCGAUCAGCGUCUUGAGCAGGAUCUGAUGGAAGGCGUCGACGAGAGCGAAUGGAAAUAG